CGCUCUGCUCUCGCCAUCUUUCAAGCCGAGAGUGCAGCAGGAAGGGAGCUCUCCUUUCUUCCUGGCGGAUUUUUGGACGGGUUUGGUGUUGGAGCUGUUUCGUUAUCCCUUUGGUUUUUCUCAGAGGCCGCUCUGUUUCUGUUUGCAGACGGAAUCAUGAAUAUUUUCAGACUCACCGGAGAUCUCUCGCAUUUAGCUGCGAUCAUCAUCCUGCUGCUGAAGAUCUGGAAGAGCAGGUCCUGUGCGGGUAUAUCUGGGAAAAGCCAAGUUCUGUUUGCAUUGGUGUUCACAACACGCUACUUGGACCUUCUCACCUCUUUUAUCUCUCUGUACAACACUACAAUGAAGGUUAUCUACAUCGGCUGUGCAUACGCCACAGUGUACCUGAUCUACGCCAAGUUCAAAGCCACCUACGACAGCAAUCAUGACACUUUCAGGGUGGAGUUCCUGGUCGUCCCUGUGGGUGGCCUCGCUUUUCUUGUCAACCACGACUUCUCUCCUCUGGAGAUCCUGUGGACUUUCUCGAUCUACUUGGAGUCGGUGGCCAUCCUUCCUCAGCUCUUCAUGAUCAGUAAGACUGGAGAAGCUGAGACCAUCACCACACACUAUCUGUUUUUCCUGGGCCUCUAUCGUGCCCUGUAUCUCAUCAACUGGGUCUGGCGCUACUACUCUGAAGGCUUCUUUGACAUGAUUGCCAUCGUGGCAGGCGUCGUUCAGACAAUCCUUUAUUGUGAUUUCUUCUAUCUCUAUGUAACGAAAGUGUUGAAAGGGAAGAAGCUGAGUUUGCCAGCUUAAACGAGUGCUAGAGACAGAGCUUUAGCGUAAGCGCAGGACACCGCUGAUGCCACGUUUGUGUAAGAUGCCCGAGGAGUACAACAUGGAUCUGUUAUUUUCUUCAGACCCUGACCAGCUCUGGGACAGUUCCGGUUUCAAACCACGUUAAUCACACGACUCCUCCAGUAUCCACGUUUUACACAUCUUACCCUUUUUUUAUUACUUAUAAAAGAAAUGAAGCAUUCUCUAUCAGAAAUCACUUCAAUUUGGCUUGUGGCAACAAAAACCCCGCUGUCAAAUGUAUCAAAUUUGUUACUGUAUAAUGGUUGAUGGGGAUUAUUCUUAUGCAGGGUGCUGUUGGUUUGUAAAAGGUUUGGGAUUUGACUGAAUGUACCGUGUUUUCUAGAAUGUAAGAUGCAACUGCUGCUCGUGCUGCCCAACCCUCGUGUGUGUGUGCGCGUGCGUGCACGCAACACUCCCAAUUGCCAUUAAUAAGAGAUUUUAUAGUUUUUGUGUUCCUCCAGUAGUGACGGGAAAAUACAGAAAAUGAAAUUAUCAGUAAUCAUCAUGCUGGUAAACAAAAAAUAUCGUUGUCAUGGUGAUUUUAGAAAUCAAAUCGUCUGCAAAACGAAAGCCUUUAUUCUAAGCCCAGUUGAGAAAUACGAAACGAUGAAGCAUGCAGGAGCUACUUAGAACGUGAGUGAGGAGUUUGAGCAUUUCCAGAACUUCAGCAUUCCGUCAUUUUUAUAGAUGGACAGAUGUGUUCCAGACCUGACACAGGGAUUUAAAAUGAGGACUGCAGGAAAUGCAUCAGCUCAGAAAACAAUAUUUACAGUACGUAAGUAUUACUUGGCACUAAAGUGAUGUGACAUAUAAAUUGAUCGGUAGGGUUUUGUACUCCGGAGCGACUUAUUUUCUAGAAAAUAUGGUACAUUUUUAUAUAUUGAAACUGCACAGUUGAUUUGGAUGGAUUUAAUUACUCUGUGGAAAAAUUGUGUUAAUGAAAAAUAAUCUCAGUAUAGAGGUUUACCUCAUGCUCUGGUCGCCUCACUUUUUUUUUUAAAGAAUAAAAAAAUGCGUCUUUAAGUGUUUUCCUAAAUGAUUGAGUAUAUCGGAAUAAUCAAGUGUGUAGCAGUGUAAGAGUCAACAUUUGAUAUUGUGCCCGUCAGUCAUACUUGCAUUAGCUUGCAGUAUUGACACACUGCCUUAUUUUUCUUGCUUAAAUGAGUUUUUUUUAUUAAUUGGGCAUUUUAUUUACUUCAAUAAUACACUUGAUUUUAUAUUUGCUUUUCCUUGUUUAAUGGCAAAAUAUUUGAGCUGACUUGCAUCUUAUCCGGUCACUCUAAAAGUCUGGUGUAUGAAAGUUUAUCAAGGGAGCAUAGAAAGUAAUGGAGGAAUAAACUGAUUUUUAUGCAUUGAACAUUAUUAUUAUUAUUAUUAUUAUUAUUAUUAUUAUUAUUAAAACCAACUUUGCCCAAAUAGCUGUAAAGCAUGAUUUGUAUAUUGAGUUUUCGUUACAUAAGUCUUUAUUUGUAAUCUGUGGGAUGGGCAUUGAUGCAAAUUGGGUUAGGAAUUUACUGAGUGAUGUUUCUGUUUCUCUUUUCUCAGUUCUGAUAUCUAAUUUUUUUUUUUUUAAGUUAACUUUCACAUGACCUCCAUCUCAAAUAAAGAUCAUUUGAGACACA